GAACACUGUGUAUACUCGUGCUAUACGCCUUUCUCUCUCUGUCAUAUUAACUCUCAUAGUCUGUCAUCAGUUAAUCACUCAACCUCCUCCUUACUUCCCGAUACACAAACACAAACAACUAAACAUAGGGUUAUAUAUAUAUACUAGUAUCAUUUCCCUCUUGUUAUUCCACCCAGCUAGCUGAAGCUUCUUCUUCUUACAAAAUACAUGGCCAUGUCCAAAAUGAAGCUCCUCAUUACAUCCAUUCUACUCAUAGCUGUAUACACAGCUGCAACAACAGAAGCAGCUCCCCCACGUGGCCAUCAUCACAUCGGAGUAGAAGAAGAAGCUGACCGGAUAAUCUCUCUCCCGGGACAACCCGCCGUCUCUUUCCAACAGUUCUCCGGUUAUGUCACUGUGAAUCAUCUCGCCGGCCGCGCCCUGUUUUACUGGCUCACUGAGUCUCCUCAUCUCCCUCUCUCCAAGCCUCUUGUCAUCUGGCUUAAUGGAGGUCCAGGUUGCUCUUCAGUUGCUUAUGGGGCAUCUGAAGAAAUAGGACCGUUUAGGAUAAACAGAACUUCUUCAGGUUUAUACCUUAACAAAUUCUCAUGGAACAAUGAGGCAAACCUUUUGUUUCUUGAAACGCCUGCGGGAGUUGGGUAUUCGUACAGCAAUCACUCAAGUGAUCUCUUUGACACUGGUGAUCGUCGUACUGCUAAGGACUCGCUGCAGUUUAUCAUUAGGUGGAUGAAUCGAUUUCCACGUUACAGGAACCGAGAAGUCUACUUGACUGGAGAGAGCUAUGCUGGCCACUAUGUUCCUCAGUUAGCCAGAGCAAUAAUGCACUACAAUGCCAGAUCCAAGCAGAAAAUAAAUUUGAAGGGAUUUAUGGUGGGGAAUGCAGUCACAGACAACUAUUAUGACAACAUUGGAACCGUGACAUACUGGUGGAGCCAUGCCAUGAUAUCGGAUAGAACAUACCAUCAGCUGAUCAACACAUGCGAUUUCCGACGACAGAAAACAUCUAAUGAGUGUGAAUCAUUGUAUUCUUAUGCCAUGGAUCAAGAAUUCGGAAACAUUGACCAGUACAAUAUAUAUGCACCUCCUUGCAACAAGUCUGAUGGUAGUUCUGGUGCUACUCACAAGACUAUCCGAUUGCCUCAUCGACCUCAUGGGAUGUUUAGGCAGUUAUCUGGAUAUGAUCCUUGUACCGAGAAAUAUGCAGAGAUUUACUACAAUAGGCCAGACGUGCAGAAAGCUCUCCAUGCAAACACAACCGGGAUUCCAUAUAAGUGGACUGCUUGCAGCGAGCAACUGAAUCGAAACUGGAAUGACACUGAUGUAUCAAUUCUUCCAAUAUACCGGGAACUAAUUGCUGCUGGAUUAAGAAUUUGGGUUUUUAGUGGUGAUGUGGACUCAGUGGUGCCAGUCACAGCGACAAGGUACGCUCUGGAGCAACUCAAGCUAACAACAAAAACUCCAUGGUAUCCAUGGUAUGUCAAAAAGCAGGUUGGAGGGUGGACAGAGGUAUAUGAGGGGCUAACAUUUGCAACCGUGAGAGGGGCUGGUCAUGAAGUGCCACUAUUCAAGCCUAGAGAGUCUCUUCAACUUUUCAGAUCAUUCUUAAGAGGGGAGCCACUUCCUAAAUCUUGAAAGAUGUAUGAUCCUAUCAAAAUCUCCAUUUGAACACUAAGUGUUCUUGUAUUACUACCAUUAAUUGUUGUAUCAAAAAGGGUGAUUAUAGCUUCAAUUUGAUUGGUUUAGAAACACAAAGGAACAAGUAGAUGUUUGUGAGGGAGUAGAAGUUGUAAGAACAUGUAUAAUUGGUUUAUGUUAAGUUUAAGAUUAAUGGGGGUGGAAAAUAAUGAGAGGUUUAAGAUGAUCUUAAUUAACAUCAACUAUGAUGUAUGAAGCAUGUGUUACGUAAUUUGGACUUCCGAUUACAUGCAUGAUGUUUACUUGGCUGUUAAUUUCAAAAAGAAAAGAGAAAAAGUACAUGUACGCAACUGCCGGUCGAACUAGUAUGUUGUGCGAGCCGGGCCGGCUAUGCGGUUGACUCGUCAUGGUGAGACUCGGAAGGAAAGAAUUGGAAAGCUAGGCACGCGAGAUGGGGCCGGUUCACGUGGUGAGGCGGUUUUUCCCUGAUUGCUAAAUUUUGUUGUAUUUUUUUUAAUUGUUUGUUCUUUGUAUUUUUAAUUUCUUGUUUGUUUGUUGAAUGAUUAAAUUAAGUUUAAAAUCCGAAUUUUCUCUGAUUA